CUUACAGGCUAUGUAUAUGUGCGGUCUGCGCGCAAAGGCAGCAUCUGCGCAAGAUAUUCCAACACACCGCUUCGAGUGCGCGUGUUUUCGUGGAGGAAAAAGCAUAACAUUCGUCGGGCGACGGUUGUGGGCUACAGAUGUGAUUUCGCUCACAGUAGGCUGAGCUUACAGUUUUUUUUGUUUGUUUCGUUGUCGCGUCUUCCAAACCGUGUGAUCGCGCAACCGUGUUGUGACGUGCAUUGUGUGGAUUUGUGUGCCUCUAUUGCGUAUGUGUGUACAUAGAAUUGAUCAUGCCAGAUCGAGCUGGCCACAGAAAUACAACGUACAACCCCGUACUUCAAAACGAUCCACACGCGCUGCUGCAUUCAAAUUGAGUACGGUUCUAGAAACAAAGUGAAAAACAGUGCAAGUGAGUGUGCGAGAACGAAGGAAAAGAGUACAGAAACAAACAUUUUAAGCAAACAAGCUGCAGAUUCGUCCGAAAAACGGGGUUCAAACGUACGGACAGUACAGUCCGUUUGCAGUAUCACAGCCAGUCCUCCUCUCCGACACCGUGGUUCGAAUGCUUUUCCCCAAAAAGGGUUUGUCAGUCUACUGCGAAUAGAAUCAAAUUAAGUGUCAAAUCGAACUAAGCUUUAACUUAGCAACAUGGCAAAUAAUGUGGCCGGACAACUGCUUGUUUAUGCGCUGCUGCUAUUCUUCGUCGUGGUGGCCGUAUUUCUUUCGUACGCAAUAAUUUUGCACACCGAGCAGUCGCAGAUGUGGAGUACGAUCAAGGAUCGUGGAGCCACGCGGACCAUGCCGAACGGAACUACAAACUACUGGUACUACAUUGUACGGGAUAUGGACAAGAUACGCAACAUGACGGACGUACUUCACAUGGAUCGUUCAACGCACAUCGUACCAACGCAGGUUGGCUUCAGGGUGGUCGGUAAGGAUUUCGAAAUACAUUUCGAUCGCAUCAACGUAACGCAUGCCGGCGACGAUGAGGGCUCCUCACAUCAACCACAGCAGGAUUACGUACCAACGCUCGUCAAACGCAAAACGUACGUGUGGGAGAUAACAAGACGUCAGCCUACCGCCAACAUUACGGUACCGGUGUUCCUGGGAAAGCACGACAAGCAAGCCAUUCCACCGUUUCAAAAUGCAAUUCCACCACCCGAUGCUGACGCCAAAAAAGAGUAGCUUGGCAUACCAACAGUGGUGCCCUGUUUUACCAGUAGUCCAGAAACGAAACAGUGUUUAGAGUAAGGUCAUAUUAUACCUCCAGUAAUGCUAUGUUCCGGGUGAUUCUUUGGUAAAAACCGGCUCAAAAGAACGUGAUUACGAUUGUUGUGAUUGUACGUGAUGAUGAUGGGUGACGAAUAACGAAUUUCUAAGUAGUCACCGCCAAUGGGCUUUUGCGAGUAGAGCAAAACAGGAAGCCAAAUGUGGAAAGAUGCUGGUUUGCUUAAAAGCUCAUAUAUUACGUUAUUUAACCUUUUCAUGCUACAUUUGACAAGACAAAGUAGUUUAUUAUCUUUCGUUAUAUUAUUGGACUUUGUUAUUCAUUGUUUGUUUUAAAAUGUAUGGAGCUUUCUCGUUUUGAAAUGUAUUUGAAUUACAUUUGAAUUUUGUGACACAAAAAUAAGAGAAAAAAAACAUUACAGGAAACACUUUUACAUUAUUCAAAUGAUGCAAUUGAAUUUAUAAAUUUAAAAGACACUGAUUAUAAACAUUCAUUUGGCAUAGCACUGAAAUGGAAAAAAAUAUUAAGUUAUUAGAAUUGCACAACUAUAACAGGUAUUUACCAAGAAUUUAAAAUUCACGAAAUGUAAAUCUUCAGCAAAGCUGCUAUGGAGUACGAAACGUGUAAAUUUUUGUAAUUGUUUAUAAUACAAUAUUAUGUAUGUAAAGAAAUGUGAUGCAGCAUCCAUGAAAGGCAUUUAUUGCGAAUUCGAGGCUGAGUAAUAAAAGUAGCUUUUUUAUUACUCAAACAAUUUCAUAUUUGUUAAAAAAUCUCAUAACGAAACGGAAAACGAUAAGCAUUUGUUACUUCGAAAUUGUAGAGAUCGUAUUAAUAAGAUUCGUCUAAUUCCAUCCGCGUACGCUUCAGUGCUCAAUGAACAUCAUCCAAAAACACCGUUAUCCAAUGCAAGAGAAACGCACUACCCAUGAAAGCAUCUCUAGCGAUAAUUAAUAGUCGACACAAAUGCUUCACGACUUUGACGAUUCCAGCCAAAUGGUUCCGCGACAUACAUAUGGUUUACGAUUGUAAAAAAGCCAUAAAAGAAGCUUCAGGCAAAGAUAAAAGAAUAUUGUAUUUAAUGGAUAAGUGGCGUCAUUUACCCAAACAACGACGAUAAGAUGUCAUACUAGAACAGAAAGAAUCGGAUGGGAGCAGCACGAGCAAAUGUUCCUUGACAUUCUAGAGACACUUUGACUAGCAAUGGAAGCUGUACUUUGAUAUGCAACAUUAAUCAUUCGCUCAUUUUCGGUAAGCUUCACUGCUGAUGACUCGCACAUCGGUGCAGGGUCACAGUACGAACGGAAUAAAAACACAAACCAGCACCGCUCGUUUGGUGAGAAAGAUUAAUGCAGUAAACAUUCGCGCGUACGAUCGUGCGUGUUUGCCCUCGAGUGUCAGAUGAAAUCGAAAGUGUCGCAUCGGUAAAUUGUGUAAAACCUACAAAUGCCAUUUACCUACAGGGCGUUCCACCCAAUUGAUGCGUGUGUGGAUCAAGCAAAGGCAUGCAACGUUACAUACCUCGCAAAACGCGUUAGUAAACCACACAAUUCGGUUUGCUUGCCGAUCCGCAAAGUGGAAGGCAGCAGGCAUCAAUUUAUUUUUAUUGCAUAACUUUUAGCAUGGCAGCAAAAUGAUAAGCGAAUGCAAGGAUGAAAUUCCAUUAAAUAAAGAAGAACUGAUUUAUUAUGUUAUUAAAGCGGUAAAUGAAAUGUUUUCAUAAUAUAAUUAAAACGAAGUAAAUAAAACGUAUAAUGAUUGUUUUAUAA